CUGAACCAAGCAGUCAUUGCUUGAUUUGAGUAUUCAAGCUGAGCAGUAGCUUAAAUAAGAAAAUGUCUAAUCAAGGUGAGGAAGAAACUCAGAUGCCAGAAUUAGUGGAGGAAGAAACUGAAGAAGCGCAAACGCUGGAUACAGGUGCGAAGGAACCACAAAUUCCGGAGUCAUCAAGUUUAACAGCUCUCCUGCGGGGGCUCCCGGCAGUCAAUGAAGGGGCCAAGCCGCUGGCCUCAGUCGUCGAUGAAGAUGUCAAGCAGAUGUCCACGGCCGUCGUGGAGGAGGUCAAGCAGAUGUCCACGGCCGUCGGGGAGGAGGUCAAGCAGAUGUCCACGGUCGUCCUGAAAGAGGUCAAACACCUGUCCACGGCCGUCGUAGAGGAAGUCCAGCAGAUGUCCUCUUCCAUCGAAAAGGAAGUCAAGCGGAUCACCACAGCCUUCGAAGAAGCAAUCAGUCGGCUGUGCAUGACCGUCGAAAACGCAGUCGAGCAGCUGUCUUCAGCCGGCGAAGAUGUAAAGAGCCGGGCGACUACCGAAAAAACGGGGGAAUCAUCCACCCUGCCGAGGCCGCCCUCCGUCGAAGUGGAGGUAUCAUACCCGCCGCCUUCUGUCGAAGUGGACGGAUCAUCCGAAUCGCCUCUGCAGCCAAUUUCCUUUGAAGUGGAGGGAUCGUCCGCAUCGCCUCGGCCGCCGCCUUCCGUCGAAGUGGAGGGAUCAUCCGCAUCGCCUCGGCCGCCGCCUUCCGUCGAAGUGGAGGGAUCGUCCGCAUCGCCUCGCCCGCCGCCUUCCGUCGAAGUGGAGGGAUCGUCCGCAUCGCCUCGCCCGCCGCCUUCCGUCGAAGUGGAGGGAUCGUCCGCAUCGCCUCGGCCGCCGCCUUCCGUCGAAGCGGAGGGAUCACCCGCAUCGCCUCGGUCGCCGCCUUCCGUCGAAGCGGAGGGAUCACCCGCAUCGCCUCGGUCGCCGCCUUCCGUCGAAGCGGAGGGAUCACCCGCAUCGCCUCGGUCGCCGCCUUCCGUCGAAGCGGAGGGAUCACCCGCAUCGCCUCGGUCGCCGCCUUCCGUCGAAGUGGAGGGAUCACCCGCAUCGCCUCGGUCGCCGCCUUCCGUCGAAGUGGAGGGGAUCACCCGCAUCGCCUCGGUCGCCGCCUUCCGUCGAAGUGGAGGGAUCACCCGCAUCGCCUCGGUCGCCGCCUUCCGUCGAAGUGGAGGGAUCACCCGCAUCGCCUCGGUCGCCGCCUUCCGUCGAAGUGGAGGGAUCACCCGCAUCGCCUCGGUCGCCGCCUUCCGUCGAAGUGGAGGGAUCACCCGCAUCGCCUCGGUCGCCGCCUCCGUCGAAGUGGAGGGAUCACCCGCAUCGCCUCGGUCGCCGCCUUCCGUCGAAGUGGAGGGAUCACCCGCAUCGCCUCGGUCGCCGCCUUCCGUCGAAGUGGAGGGAUCACCCGCAUCGCCUCGGUCGCCGCCUUCCGUCGAAUGGAGGGAUCACCCGCAUCGCCUCGGUCGCCGCCUUCCGUCGAAGGGGGGAUCACCCGCAUCGCCUCGGUCGCCGCCUUCCGUCGAAGUGGAGGGAUCACCCGCAUCGCCUCGGUCGCCGCCUUCCGUCGAAGUGGAGGGAUCACCCGCAUCGCCUCGGUCGCCGCCUUCCGUCGAAGUGGAGGGAUCACCCGCAUCGCCUCGGUCGCCGCCUUCCGUCGAAGUGGAGGGAUCGUCCGCAUCGCCUACGCCGCCGCCGCCUUCCGUCGAAGUGGAGCGAUCGUCCGCAUCGCCUACGCCGCCGCCGCCUUCCGUCGAAGUGGAGCGAUCGUCCGCAUCGCCUACGCCGCCGCCGCCUUCCGUCGAAGUGGAGCGAUCGUCCGCAUCGCCUACGCCGCCGCCGCCUUCCGUCGAAGUGGAGGGAUCGUCCGCAUCGCCUACGCCGCCGCCGCCUUCCGUCGAAGUGGAGGGAUCGUCCGCAUCGCCACGCCGCCGCCUUCCGUCGAAGUGGAGGGAUCAUCCGCAUCGCCUCGCCGCCGCCGCCUUCCGUCGAAGUGGAGGGAUCAUCCGCAUCGCCUCGGCCGCCGCCUUCCGUCGAAGUGGAGGGAUCAUCCGCAUCGCCUCGGCCGCCGCCUUCCGUCGAAGUGGAGGGAUCAUCCGCCUCUCCUCCGCCCAUUAUCGCGCAGCAGCUGGAUUGUGAAGCGGAAGUAUUUGCUGAAGAUUUGUAUA